CAUGUGGGGAACAGGAUGGCGAGCGGAGAAAUGUGGACCGCGCUGGAGCAGUGCGUGAAGACGAUAAAUGACAACACAUCGCAACCAGAGGAUUUUCUCAGUCUUCAGGAUGGAGUGGCUGCAGACUUUACCUCUCUCACUAAGACCCUGUACGACCUCCAUAAAGCCCAGGAGCCUGCGAGUUAUAAAGGCAGCCUGUUGACACAGCUGGUGGUGGAAGACUUCGAUGAAGAGCAGAUCUGGCAGGAGCUGGAGCUGCAGAACAAUGCUGUGCUGAAACACUUUAAAACAGUCAUUGAUGAGGCUGUGUCAGAUGAGACUUUAACUGUGCUGGUAGAAGAGGAGGAAGAGGAUGGUGAUGAAGCAGAGGUUGAGGCUGAUGAUGAAAAUGCAGAUGAUGGGGAAGAAGAAGAAGAAGAAGAAGAAGAAGAAGAAGAGGAGAAGGAGAAGCCACGCAAACAGUCAAGGAAAAAGGCCGUGGAGGCUGAAGCUAACACAGAUGAGGACUCUGAUUUAGAUUUUGACGUGGAUGCUCUUGAGAAGCGAGAGAAAAGAAAGAAGGAGAUCGGAAAGAAAGGCUCACAGACAAAAUUUGUUCCUUCUGAGAUUGAUGAUAAGUUCUUCAAGCUGUCGGAGAUGGAGUCCUUUCUCGAUGUUAUGGACAAGCAAGAGGGAAAGGGAGAUGAGGACGAAGAUGGCGUUAACUAUUUUCGGGACCUGGCCUCUGAUGAGGAUGACGGUGAUCUUGACCUAGAAGACAUCAUUUCUACCAAACAGCAAAAGAAAAAAACGGUAAAGAGCUCCAGAAAUCUCAAGUACAAAGACUUCUUUGAUGCUGUGGAGGGUGAGCCAGCUAAAGCAGAUGAGCAGUCAGACGGUGAAGACGACGGCGGGGAUGAAAGCCCGGCGGAGGGUGAAGAACAAAUAGAUGACGAAGAUGAUGACGAAGAUGGUGAAGAGGAGGGUGACGAUGAGGAUGAAGGGGGAAGUCACCUCAAACCUUCGAGUAAGAAAGUGUCCUUUAACCUCUUGGGAGACGAUGACAGUGAAGGAGAAGCCAUGGAGGACAUUUUGGGAGGAAAAAGUCAGGAUUCAGAAAAAUCUGAAUCAAAGUCAUCAUUUGAGAAACGUCAAGACAAGAUGUCAGAGAAGAUUGGGGAGCUGGAGAAAGCAGCUCUAACAACGAAGCCCUGGCAGUUGUCUGGAGAGGUGACCGCACAGACACGUCCAGAGAACAGCAUGCUGGAGGAACAUGUGGAGUUUGAGCAGACGUCCAGGAUGGCUCCUAGUAUCACAGAGGAAACCACACUACAGCUUGAGGACAUCAUUAAACAGAGAAUUAAAGACCAGGCAUUUGAUGAUGUGGUUCGCAAGGAGAAACCCAAAGAGAAGGUGUUUGAGUACAAGAAGAGACUAACAUUAGACCAUGAGAAGAGCAAGCAUAGUCUCGCUGAAAUCUAUGAGCAAGAAUACCUCAAGCAGAAUCAGCAAAAGACAGAGGAGAAGGAAAACCCAGCCCAUGUAGACAUUCAGAAGCUUAUGGACACACUCUUCCUAAAGCUGGACGCUCUCUCCAACUUCCACUUCACACCUAAACCACCUGUUCCUGAGGUCAAGGUGGUGUCUAACUUACCGUCCAUCACAAUGGAGGAGGUGGCUCCAGUCAGUGCUAGUGAUGCAACUCUGCUCGCACCAGAAGAAGUCAAGGAGAAGAACAAAGCCGGAGAUGUACUGGGUGAUGUUGAGAAGACGUCGACAGACAAGAAGCGUGAGAGACGCCAGAAGAAGAAGGUGAAGCGUCUGAAGAUCAUGGAGAAAGAAAAGAGACAGAAACUCAAAGAGGCCAGUAAAACUGGAGAGAACAAAAAGCUAACAAAGACGGAAGUCACAGAGAACCUGAAGAAACUCACAAAAGGAGGCAAAGCCACAAUACUCAAGGACGAGGGAAAGGACAAGGCUCUGCGCUCGUCCACGGCCUUCUUCUCUCAGCUGCAGGACCAGGUCAAGAGUCAGAUCAAAGGUGCAAAGGAUCCGGCUUCAAAGAAGAAGAAACACAAAGAGGUCUCCGUCAGCAAACUCAAGUUAUAAUGAUGUUUUGUUAUGUGAAAUCAACUUGUUAUUGUAUAGAGUCUUUUUAUGAGCAAGCAGAAAUUUAUUAACUCUGAAAGUCCUUGUAAAAUGUUUCCAUUUUCAUUUAAAUAAAUCAAUUGUCUAAA